UUCCAGGGGGGCGUCGUUUAGCCCCCACAAUUCAUUUCAGAAGGAACUUUCUUCUCUUCUUGACGCAAGCUCCCGAUAGGAAGGGUAAAGCGGAGUCAACAUCGAGAGUUUCGAAGCCAGAUUUCCCAUUUUGGCAGCAAAACUGGUUCAUAGGGUUGCUGUUCGCAAUGGCAAUUGGACUUUUUAGCCUCGCUAUUUUCCUCUUCCUCAGCGCCGAUGUCGAAGAAGCCUCUGUUUCAUCCGCCCCUGCCGCUUCUAGUAGCGAAGGUGUUUGAGAUCACCUAUGGAAGUGUGCUUAAGCUGAUGCACGAGAGAACAAAAUUUAGGCUGCAUUCUCAUGAUGUCCCAUAUGGCUCUGGGAGUGGGCAACAAUCAGUUACAGGUUUUCCAAACGUUGAUGAUUCCAAUAGCUACUGGAUUGUUAGGCCUCAGCCAGGAACAUCUGCCAAACAAGGAGACACCAUUAAGAGUGGAACAAUUAUCCGGCUACAGCACAUGAGGACUAGGAAGUGGCUACACAGUCAUCUGCAUGCUUCCCCAAUAUCGGGCAACCUAGAGGUUAGCUGCUUUGGGAGUGACAAAGAUUCUGAUACUGGGGACUUCUGGAGGCUAUUUAUUGAAGGGAGUGGGAAGAUGUGGAAGCAAGACCAGAAAAUUCGGCUUCAACAUAUUGACACUGGUGGCUAUCUUCAUAGUCAUGGCAAGAAAUACCAACGGAUAGCUGGUGGACAGCAAGAGGUUUGCGGUGUCAGAGAGAAGCAGGCUGAUAAUGUAUGGUUGGCUGCUGAAGGCAUAUACCUCCCAGUUACUGAGAGCAAGUAAUGACCUUAGUCAAAUGGGUAGAGUGCCUUGUAGAAGUAGGUACAUGGGUUUUGGAUUUUUGGGGGUCGGUGCCGGUUUUUACAAUAGCUACAGAUGUUCUAUUUAAAUGGAGAAGAUUGGAACAAUCUGUAUAAAUGUUAUUAUUAACUGUCCACAUGACUUUCAUCAACUGUUAUUUUCCCAACUAAUACAGAUUCAGUUACUGCUUACCGUCUGUGAAGAGUGCUAAAGGGUAUCUUUUGCCUUUGUUUGCUGAACUAGUAUGAGUUCUUCUAGUAGCCUCAGUUUAUAGUGGUGCCAGCGACCCCCUUGAUCCAUGGUCAAUCCAGUGCGGGAAAUUGGUUGUAUCUGUUUAGUGGAUUUCACUUGGUUUUCUUGUCCUCCAGUUUCUGAACAACCAAUCAAAUAUUGGUGAAAUCUGUUGCAUAUUGGGAUAAUUUUGGAUGUUAAAUUUUCUUUUCUUUUUUUUCUUUCUUGGUGGGGGGUGGUGGGGGUGAAGGACAUUUGAAUUAGUUUGUUGGCUUUCUCUGAGAUUUGCUUUCUUAAGAGACUUACUUUCCCAA